AUGAAUUUACCGUUCACACAGGCUCAGAGAACCAAUUUCGAAGAAAUGCUUAGGCAAUGUUACGAAACAUAUAAAGUCUCCAACGGCGUCAGAAGAAUGAUACAAUGGUGCUUCAAAUCGAGACAUGGCUUUGAUCUUCAAGUGGAGGCAUCCAAGAUAACAACUUUGGCUACUUGUUUUAGAGAGUCCGGAAGCUUAUCCAAGAAGAGGAGCUUCAUUUUAGGGAGUGCUUGGCCUGACAGACAUAAAUACGUUCCUUGGUUUAUUCUUAAUGGAGUUUCAUUGGAAAGACUGCAGCCUAAAACGGCAACUCUCGCGGAGCACCUCUGCAAAUGGUAA